GUGAAGGGAUUUUAAUAGGACUCAUUCAUACAUUUGCUCAACAUUUUAUAAAGACAUCUGUCCCCAAAAUUCAAUUUACAAUUUUUACAACAUUUUACGAAGACUUUGAUCUCCAAAUCUCCAUUUACAAUUUUACAAGAAUUUACAUUCAUUGCAAAGAUUUCUUUCCAGAGCUUUUUAAAGGUCAUUUCUUUCCUUGGGUCCAAAACUGUUACUUUUAGAUGAGAGGAGAAGCAGCUGAGGCUUACAUGUGGAGACUGUGUGUGAUGAAAGGGCAGGACACAGCGGCCCCUGGAUCCUAAUUCAGACCAGCCUGCCUCUGGCAAUAGGAAAGUCAUUUGUUCCUGCGAGCCCGUAUCAUAAUCUGGCACAACUGGAGGUUAGAACAAUCCUUAAAACUCUUUGGCUAUGGGAUUCUAGUUUGCCAUCUUAAUUUAUAUAUUCUAUUUCGGCGCUGAUUCUCCAGCCCUUUCCCUUUUAAGUGAUCCUAAUUAGAAAACACACAGGAGGAUCCUUCCAGGAUUUAAAAGCUGCUGGGAUCCCCUCUUUGAUCUCCCAUCUGAACUACGGACGGUUAUUGUUUCACGUUUCCCCCCACUCCCCCCGACCCGCACUCCAGUGACAAUUAUUGGCAUUUUAGAGCCUAGAGAUAGAAAUAAGACGUCUGACAGGCCCGGCUGCCUAAAAAUCCAAAGCAAGCACCCCUCCAAAUAUCUCCCCUCCUCCCUCGCACCUCCCCCCACCCAAAAAAAAUAAUGAAAAGGAAAAAAUAUAGCAGACUUUAUAAACAGCUGCCAAUUUAUUAAUAAGAUGUUGGAGUUAGUUAGAAUUUUAAAGAUGCUUCAGGCAUCUUUAAGGAGGCAGCAAGCCCUUCCUCUCCCGGGCACAAAUAAGCCCAACCAGCAGACCCUACCUUAACUACCGCUAUUUAAAUUCUGCAAAGUGCCGCGGUGACCCGAGGAACCUUCGGAAAGGCGCAAGGGUUUGCCUUAAUUUGGGUAUACUUGGUUGAGAUGCCUUGAGAGAACUCGAAAGCAGUUGAAUUAAGAAUCUUAAGUCUUUCUAGGACGCGGAGGAGGAAGGUAGGAAAUUGGGGAGGGGGAAGAAAGGCAUGCCGUCAAGAAAGAGUUGAUUAUUUAAUUUCAUUCACCAAGGGAGAGAAUUCGGAGGCUCCAUCCCGGAGGCGCUGGGGUCCGGGACGCGGGAAGGGCUUGAAAAUGUGCGAAGCGGCUGUGUGCGAACGCGUGGACUAGGUCUUGGCUCGCUGAGAGGGAAGGGCUGGGCUGGCGCUGGGCAGGAGGAAGGGAGGCAACGGGUAGGAGGCGGGGAAGCGCAGUAUAAAAGGCCCGGCCGGACUGAGCGUCCGCUACUCCGAGUCACUUCGGUAAGGCGGGAGCCCGAGCAAGAUCAAGGAGGGAAGUGCUCGGUGCCACAGACCGACACAGUUCGCUCUAGCAUCCGACGCUAGGACUCUGCGCCCUCAGCCGGAUCCCGGAGCGCUUCCAUUCGCCAACCUCCCACUGCAAGGCAUGAGCCGCACGCGGGAGUCCGAGGCUGCAGCGCGGUCAUGAGGCGGUGGCCCGGGAUCGACGGCUGCGCGACGCCAGCCCCCAAAUCCCCUCUGGGCGCGGCACCCCCGGGAUGAGCCCCCCCCCCCAGACGCAAGACCACUAGAGCUGAGAUUCACUCCGAGUUCCUGAGCGCCUGAGCCGCGGGCACUGCGUCCCUGCAGCUUCCAGCCAACACCUGCGCCCGUGACCAGACGAACGCCCAGCGAGUCGGACUCCCCUCCCUUCCCAGUCCCUACGGGGCGCCGCGGACGCGCGAACAGCCGUGCCCGGCUACCGGGCGGCCCAGCAAGUGUCAAGACCCUUCAGAACGACACUUUGGCACUCCUCCCCUCCCCCGACUGCUUCAGGCAGGGGUCGCAGGCAGAUACAUGGCUUGUCCGGCGCCCCCUCCGUUUUCCAUCACUGCAACUCCAGCUCCACUUUGCCAAUAAAGGUUUCUAAAGCAGCCCAGGCACCACCCCACCCACCCACAGCCCCGAGCCUCAGUGUGCACAAGGGCUCUACCCGCGCCCGUCACAGCGACCUCGGCAGCGGGCACUUGGUACAGCCCGGCAGGCGGACGCUGCCGCCGAGGGCGCCCCGGCUACCGCCAAACCGUGACAACCUCGGUGUGCCCGGGGCCCCCAUCUGGAACCGGCCCUCCCCGGGACUCUGAGUGCGGGGCGGCGCGGCAGGCGGCCCCGAGGAGCGCGGAGAGUAGUGGAGGUGGCUUGCCGGGUGAGUGGCUCCGGGCGGCGAGGGCGGGGGAACCAAGCGUGGAGGUAACUCCCGGCCGCAGCUGAAGCCCUCCUACUCCUCCUCCUCCUCCUCCUCCUUCUCCUUCUUCUCCUCCUCCUCCUCCCCGCGCUCCUCUGGCGGCCGCUCCCGCUCCAGCUGCGGCGCCGCGGCCACAUCUGGGGCGCCCAUGUGCGCUCGGGGGCUCGGCUGCGCCCGCCCCGCCGCCGACCCCGCAGCCCCCUGCCAGCAGGGUGGCCUCCGGCCCGGCCCGGGUCCCGGGCUGUCCCGGGACCCACUCUCCGCCGCCGCCGCCGCCAGGCAGCGCCGGGGCUUGCUCCGCAGCCGGCUUGGACACCCCCGGCCUCGCGGUGGCUCCGCCGUGGUGCGGCGGCGGCGGCGGCGGCGGCGCCGGCGGCUCCUGCUCCCCCGGCCCCGCACGCCCCGCCGCGCCCAGCGCCAGCCCCGCGGGCCCGGGAAGCGGAGCCCUGGCGGGAGCCGAGGCGGGAGCCGCGCUGCCGGGCUCCCGGGCUCCUACUCCUCCUCCCCCGGCGUCACCGCCGCCGCCGGCCGCCGCGCCGGGUCCUAAAGCCGCGCGUCUCAAGAGGAUGGUGCGCCUGGCGGCCGAGCUGCUGCUGCUGCUGGGGCUGCUGCUGCUCACGCUGCACAUCACCGUGCUGCGCGGCUCGGGAGCCGCCGACGGGCCCGACGCGGCCGCGGGCAACGCCAGCCAAGCCCAGCCGCAGAAUAACCUCAAUGUGGGAAGUGACACCACAUCAGAAACCAGCUUCUCUCUCUCCAAAGAAGCACCAGGGGAGCAUCUGGACCACCAGGCUGCACACCAACCCUUCCCCAGACCGCGAUUCCGACAAGAGACGGGGCACCCUUCAUUGCAAAGAGAUGGCCCCAGAUCCUUUCUCCUUGAUCUACCAAACUUUCCAGAUCUUUCCAAAGCUGAUAUCAAUGGGCAGAAUCCAAAUAUCCAGGUCACCAUAGAGGUGGUCGACGGUCCUGACUCUGAAGCAGAUAAAGAUCAGCAUCCGGAGAAUAAGCCCAGCUGGUCAGUCCCAUCCCCCGACUGGCGGGCCUGGUGGCAGAGGUCCCUGUCCUUGGCCAGGGCAAACAGCGGGGACCAGGACUACAAGUACGACAGUACCUCAGACGACAGCAACUUCCUCAACCCCCCAAGGGGGUGGGACCGUACAGCCCCAGGCCACCGGACUUUUGAAACCAAAGAUCAGCCAGAAUAUGAUUCCACAGAUGGUGAGGGUGACUGGAGUCUCUGGUCUGUCUGCAGCGUCACCUGCGGGAACGGCAAUCAGAAACGGACCCGGUCUUGUGGCUACGCGUGCACUGCAACAGAAUCGAGGACCUGUGACCGUCCAAACUGCCCAGGAAUUGAAGACACUUUUAGGACAGCUGCCACCGAAGUGAGUCUGCUUGCGGGAAGCGAGGAGUUUAAUGCCACCAAACUGUUUGAAGUUGACACAGACAGCUGUGAGCGCUGGAUGAGCUGCAAAAGCGAGUUCUUAAAGAAGUACAUGCACAAGGUGAUGAAUGACCUGCCCAGCUGCCCCUGCUCCUACCCCACUGAGGUGGCCUACAGCACGGCCGACAUCUUCGACCGCAUCAAGCGCAAGGACUUCCGCUGGAAGGACGCCAGCGGGCCCAAGGAGAAGCUGGAGAUCUACAAGCCCACGGCCCGGUACUGCAUUCGCUCCAUGCUGUCCCUGGAGAGCACCACGCUGGCGGCGCAGCACUGCUGCUACGGCGACAACAUGCAGCUCAUCACCAGGGGCAAGGGGGCGGGCACGCCCAACCUCAUCAGCACCGAGUUCUCCGCGGAGCUCCACUACAAGGUGGACGUCCUGCCCUGGAUUAUCUGCAAGGGUGACUGGAGCAGGUAUAACGAGGCCCGGCCUCCCAACAACGGACAGAAGUGCACAGAGAGCCCCUCGGACGAGGACUACAUCAAGCAGUUCCAAGAGGCCAGGGAGUAUUAAAGAGACUGGGAUGAGGUGGAGGACGCUGCCUCUGGUUCUGGAGCACACACGUGCUGCACUGACGUGCCGACUGGCGCCAAGACCUUCUUAGCCGCGGUCGUGUAUAUUUGUAUAUACCACUUGAGUAUUUCUCAUACAUUACGCUAGGGGCGUGUGCCACGCCCAGGGGACUGCCUUGUGAAGCCGCCCUCGCCAUCUGCAGAGCUCCUUGAAAGUGCCCCUGGGGAGCGAUGUGGGCAGAAGGAUGGGGAAAACUUGGAAGCCAGAAGAAGAACCUGGAAGCCACAGUGGGUGCGACUCAAUUCACACCCGGAUCCAGAGCUUCAAAGAGAGGCAAAGGGGGAAAGAGACUAAGGUUGUAAACGUUAUAAGCAGUUUUUAUAUAUAACUUAUUUAAUACAAAUGUGACUUAAGCGUAACCUUUUCUCUGGAGUUGUGGUGAAACUAAUCACUUCUGUGAGAGAUCAGAAAGAAACAGACUUAGGGAAGUGGAAGAGAAAGGGAAUUUUGGAAUUUAUUUCUUUAAAAAUAAUGCAAUGGAAAUAUAUCAAAACAUGUAAACGCCCACCUUAAACCAAAUGUUAUUUGGUCAUGAGGCACCUUGCUGGAGUCUCAGAUUCCAAAAGUCUCUUCUUCAGACUGGGUAGGGAAUAUGAUAUUUUAGGGACAAAGCUGAGGACUGGUUUUAAAUAGGCUUUAAAAUAAAAGAUCAAUAUUAUCAUAAUGCUAUCAUUCUGCUAAACGGCCCCAAAACAGUAGAAUUUCUGCUCAUGUCCUAGCAGGUUCAGAAGACUGCAGCCAAGUUAAGACGUAAAAACAAGAAGUAGCACUUUUCCAAAGGAAAACAACAAAACAAAUGGGAAAAAGAUAAUGGACCUCAUUUCACCUAUUUUAAUACUAUUUUAACAAUUUUUUCAUCUACCAAUAUAUCCCCAAUAAAUAAAUAUAAAAGGGGAGAGGGUCAAUCUGGGGAAUCUUGAUUUUUUAUGUUUUAAGAAAAGAAAAAAACUGCAUUAUUUUUGUAAAGUAUUUAUUGAGUCACGGAUUAUUGUGCAUCAAGCAAUUGUUAAUAUGACCUGGUCCUAUGGGGUAGAACUUAGGAAAAAUAAAGUUGGUUCUUAUUCAAUAUUUUACUUUACAAAAUUCUAGUGAAAGAGAGUAUAUAAUAAAAUCAUAAUAAAAUGUG